AUGGGGAAUAUAAUAGUGGAUUUCGCUCGAGAUUGCUGUAAUAAAUAUUUUAAAAAAAAAAUUAUUUUUCAAAUAAGAGUAUGUGGGCCAGCACAAAGCGGAAAAACAACAUUUGUAAAACAUUUAUUACACAAUAAAUUUUUGAAAGUAAAGCCAACAGAAGGUCUAUCUGUUGAAAAGAUCGACUUUGAAGAAUUUACAGUUAUUAUAUGGGAUUCGAGACAUGCAAUAGAAGAUAAUGAGUCUAUUAAUAGACUAGAUAUAGACGCUUUGAUUUACUUUGUUGAUUUGUCAGAUCAUGGAAGAUUAAAAAUUGCAAAAAAAAAAUUUUUUAAAGCACUACAAGAUUAUAAUAAUGUAGAGCAUUUUUUAAUCGUUGCCAGUAAGCAUGACAAAAAGCAAUGUAUGUUGCUCGAACAUGUCAGAGAUGAAUUAAAAUUAGAUCAUAUUGUCGAUAGGAAUUGCCAUUUAGUUGCUUGUUCAUCAAAAACUGGCUAUGAAAUUGAGUCCAGUAUGAAUUGGCUUUUUAACCAACUUAUGAUUAAAAGGAAAAGAAAUACAUGUUUUGUAAAAUAA